AUGAAUAGAUCUCGUAGAUAAGAAUUAUUACAAUUAGUUAACAAAAAACGAAGUUUUCUUUCCCCUUCCAUUAAAAGAACAUCUAGUAACAAACCCUUUAGAAGAUAAAGUUGUAGAUGUUCAGAGUGUGGAAAUGUAGGUGUUUUCUAAGAUAGAUAAAAUGCUUUGCAUCCAUAAACUUAUAUAAGGGCACAUCAUUGUAAAAAGAGGAAACGAAGAAUGUAAAGAAGAAAAGGCACUUAUGUUACCUCCACAAGUUUAAAUAUUGGAGAUUCAUAAAACAAUACAGUAAUUCUAACUAACAAUUACAAAUUAAGAAAAGCCAAAACCAUACUUGUGAGUUCUAAAACAUCAGAAGCCAUAUUAAAGUGUAAAAGACUGUUAACAAAAGAUGAUUAACAAAUUAAUUAUGAGUUCUUUUAUAAUAAUGAAUUAAAAUAUUCAAAAGGUAUCAUGGAAAUAUCAUAACAAUCUUAAACAUAUGAAACAGCUUUGAUUUCAUUCGUUAAUCUAACUAAAUCACCAAGUUUUGGAUUUAAUAGUUUUAAAAAUAUCAUCAAUGAAUCAAGAUCAAGUUCAAGUGAUGAAUAAAAUUUAAAAGUCUCUGAGUUAAAACCCAUUUAAUCAAAGACUCCGCUUAUCAAAACCAAAAACAUUUCUAUGCAUAAUCGCAAACUUACUGAAGGUAUUAUGCUUACAAAUGUUAAUAAAACUGUUUAAUAAUUUGUAUAAUCCUGCACUUCAAUGAAAGUAAUAAACACUCCAAAACCGUAAAAACAAAUUUAAUUGCCAUAAAUAAAUACAAAAAAAGAAUAAAAUAAAUUUUCUGUCUAUUUAUUGAGUUCUCCUCGUAAGGCACUCUUUGAAAUGAAAACUCAAAUUACAUCAUUGAAAAAAAUCAAAACUUUUAGAAAGUGA